AGCGGCCACCAUCUCUCGCCAAUUCUCGCUCUUCCCACUCUGCCCCUCCCCACCAAAAGCCUCUUUCUUUAAUUUAGUAUAAUAAAAAUAAUAAUAAUAAUAUUCCUUUCUUCUUCUUCUUCUUCACAGUAUUUAUGAUUGGGAAAUAAUCGAAUCAAAGGGGGCUUCUUUUCGAAUUUCGAAAAUGUUCGAGGGCCUGACGAGGAAAACCAUGUGGAGAUCGCCGUCCUCGAGGUUGCUGUGGAUAAUGGCGCCGUUAAUCCUCGUCUGUCUGGUGGUGGCGAUGAUGGGCCGGACUUCCAACACUUCUUUUUCCGGUGAUUGGGUUUUUUCCGGCACGUAUUAUCCUUGGACUUGGCCGCGCCGCCCUCUUCCGCCGCCGCCGCAGGUUGGGGGGGAACACGAUUCUGAUAGGCCGGAAAGUUUACCGGCGGCGGUGCCGCCGGCCGUGGGCGGUGGAAAGGGAGUAGAUCCGGGUUUGGCCGCCUACAUUAAUUCUACCAGUAACACCUCUGCUUCUCCGCUGGAUUUACAAAAGGAAGAAGAAGAGGAAGAAGCAGUGAAUGACACUCAAGCUCCCCCACAAGAAGUGAGGAUACAAAAGAAGUUCAGCAAUCUGCAAAUGCUUGAAGCCAAGCUCGGAAAAGCCCGGGCCGCUAUCCGAGAAGCCAUCCAUCCAAACCAAACAUACGACGACCACGAUCCCGACUACGUCCCCACGGGUCCCAUUUAUUGGAACGCCAAAGCUUUCCACAGGAGUUACAUGGAAAUGGAGAAACAAUUCAAGGUUUUCGUGUACGAGGAAGGAGACCCGCCGGUUUUCCACAACGGCCCAUGCAAGAGCAUUUAUGCCAUGGAAGGAAACUUUAUUUACCAAAUGGAGACCAGCCCGUUUCGGACCAGGGACCCGGAGAAGGCCCACAUCUUCUUCCUCCCGGUCAGCGUCACCGCCAUCGUCCACUACGUCUACGACCGCAAGUCCCGCGAGCAUUGGCUUCCCAUGAAGCAGACCGUCAGCGACUAUGUCGGUCUCGUCGCCGGAAAGUAUCCUUACUGGAACCGCAGCUCCGGCGCCGACCAUUUCAUGCUCGCGUGCCACGAUUGGGGGCCUGAAAUCUCUAAGGCGGUACCCGAGUUGUUCAAAAACUCAAUCCGAGCAUUGUGCAACGCCAACACCUCAGAGGGAUUUCGUCCCUCAAAAGACGUGUCGAUCCCCGAGAUUCUUCUCCCGGGAGGCACAAUGCACGGCCUGAUCGGCGGGCCCUCCCCGUCGCGCCGACCGAUACUAGCCUUCUUCGCGGGAGGGGUCCAUGGGCCGAUCAGGCCGAUAGUCCUCGAGCAUUGGGAGAACAAAGACGAAGACAUUCAGGUUCACACGUACCUACCGAAGGGCGUGUCGUACUACGGGAUGCUAAGAAAGAGCAAGUUCUGCAUAUGCCCUAGCGGGUACGAGGUGGCGAGUCCUAGAAUGGUGGAAGCCCUCUACACGGGGUGCGUCCCCGUCCUAAUCAAGGACCAUUAUGUCGCGCCCUUCAGCGACGUCCUGAACUGGAAGGCGUUUUCGGUUGAGGUCCCGGUAAAGGACAUCCCGAACCUGAAGAAGAUCCUGUUGGGGAUAUCGCAACGACAGUACAUACGGUUGCAGAGGAGGGGGGCUCUGGCGAGACGGCAUUUUGAGGUUAACGUUCCACCGAAGAGGUACGAUGUUUCGCACAUGAUUCUCCAUUCGGCGUGGCUAAGGAGACUUAACUUUAGGCUUCAUGGCAUUGAAGACAUUUGAUGAGUGAGGGAAGUUGAAAGCUAAGCCUAAGUUGAUUUAGUACAUGUCUACCUAGCUAGCUAGUUGUGCAACGUUUUGUUUGGAGAACCCAUUGGUUUUUAAUUUGCUUUGGGAAAAGGUCAUUGGUUUAUUUAGAUGAGUGAUGCCUUGUAUUUUGAAUUUUGAAGUUCUUUAUAUGGCUGGUUAAUAGAUUUGGAUAUAAAACUGUGGUUGGGCU